AUGGAUUCUUUAGGACUCGUACCACCUCCACUUAAAAAAUCCAAGCCUAACCAGAUUGCUAGUGAUAUGAGGGUAGUGAUUGACUUAUCUUUCGAUUCGAUGAUGGCAGAUACGGAAAUUACAUCCGUAUCUUCACAAUUGACUCGUUGUUAUUCUGCCAAUAGAUCUACUUCGCGUCCUGUAAAUUUAUUUUUUACUUCAUACGGUCAACGUAUUCAAAAUCGUUUCGAAACAAAAAUCCAAAGCCAUAUAAAUUGGAAAGAUGUGGUAUUUGAUACUAAAUCUUAUUUAGAACUUUUCGAUAAAAAUGAUUUGGUAUAUUUGACUGCUGACGCUACCGAUGUGAUAGAUGAAUUAGAUGAAAAUAAAGUUUAUAUAAUUGGUGGAAUAGUGGAUAAAAACAGGCACAAAAAUCUCUGCUAUGAUAAAGCCAAAAAAGAGAAUAUUGCAACCGCUCAAUUACCCAUUGGAAAUUUAUUUGAAAUCCUCGUUCGAUGGUUAGAAUGUAAAGAUUGGCAAAAAGCUUUUUUGGAAGUGAUACCUCAGAGAAAAUUCAACGAAGAAGGAAAGAAACAAAGGAGGAUAAGAAAAAAUGUUGAUGCUACUGACUUAGAGAGAGAUAUUCCAGAUACUGUGCAAAAUUUUUCCGUGGAAGAACAUGAACCUUCAGAACAGGUGUAA